GUAUUGCCACGUGUCAAGUUAUACUAAUAUUUUUGGGAUACCAAAUAGGUCUCUCGGGAUGGAGUGUGACAAGGGCAGUGGGAAAUUUGAGUCCAAAAAUCAUAGUGAAUGGCCUGAAAAUAUUAGUCAUGUGUGUCGACUUCAAAGUGGGUUCGAGUUAUUGGAUGCGGGCUUUUUCAAUGACUCUAAGAUGCUGGAGAUUGAGAAGGGUGCAAAGGAGUUAAGUAUUCCUAUAAUCAGAGCCAAUCGAAAACUAAUUGCUUCUGUUAAUGGUGGGUUACAUAACCCUUCUCAUUUGGUAUUCAAUCCUGAGUGGAGCCAUGAAAAGACACAACUUACAAGCAAAACAUUCAGUUACCCUUCUGUUUCUGGUGUUCAGCGGCCAAAAAGUGAAGAAGAUAUUGCCUUCAUGAGUAUUCUUGAAUUGGGGCAUCUCAUUAAGACAAAACAGAUCACUUCUGAGGAGCUUGUUGGAAUAUUUCUCAAGAGACUAAAGAGGUACAAUCCGGUGCUUGAAUCUGUGGUCACUUUCACUGAAGAAUUGGCAUACAAACAGGCAAAAGAGGCUGAUCAACUGCUUGCCAAAGGCGUAUAUCUAGGUCCCCUUCAUGGUAUUCCAUAUGGAUUGAAGGACAUAAUAGCUGUACCCAAAUACAAAACAACUUGGGGUUCAAAAUCAUUCAAAGAUCAAGUUCUCGAAAUUGAAGCCUGGGUUUACAAGAGGUUGAAGUAUGCUGGGGCAGUUCUUGUUGCAAAGCUAGUUACUGGAUCAUUGGCAUAUGAUGAUAUCUGGUUUGGGGGUAGGACUAGGAACCCAUGGAAUAUUGAGGAAUAUUCUACUGGUUCGUCAGCUGGCCCUGCUGCCUGUACCUCAGCAGGUAUGGUUCCAUUUGCAAUUGGUUCAGAAACGGCUGGGUCCAUCACUUAUCCUGCUGCUCGUUGUGGUGUUACCGCAUUGUGCCCAACUUUUGGUACUGUUGGUCGAACCGGUGUAUUGAGCUUGUCCGAUAGCUUGGAUAAGCUUGGCCCUUUCUGUAGAAGUGCUGCUGACUGCACAAUUGUUCUGGAUGCCAUUCGAGGAAAGGAUCCAGAUGAUAUUUCAUCAAGAGACAUUAACUUACUUGAUCCAUUUUCGGUGGACAUAACAAAGCUAACUGUCGGUUAUAUUGACGAUGCUGAAAUGGAGGUUGUCCAUGUGCUUCAAUCAAAGGGUGUUAAUAUGAUUCCAUUCAAAUUGAAUUAUACUGUGGAAUCUGCUCAAGGUAUCUUAAAUUUUACAAUGGAUGUUGAUAUGUUGGCUCACUUCGAUGAGUGGCAGCGCUCUGGGCUUGAUGAUGAGUAUGAAGCUCAAGAUCAAUGGCCUCUUGAACUUCGUCGUGCACGUGUGAUACCUGCAGUGGACUACAUUCAGGUAUCUCAUUGUCAGUCCAAUUACUAUUGCACGGACGGGAGCUUGCUCUACCAUGGGCUCCUUUUAUCUUUUUAGUGUCAAAUAUUAGGUCUAUACUCUAUUCCCAGUCUAUUAUUAACCCAGAUCGAUCCUCAUUAUGGGGAUUAAGUUGGAUGUUAUGAUAUGUGUCUAAUUAUAAUACCGAAAAAUAACUCUUGAGAUCCUAGCAAUAUAGAUAAAGAGCUAAGAGUCACCUCGUGUUAUUUGAAUAUAAGAUUCUCCAAGUGAGUUCUACUUUUUAUAUAGUGUUCUGUUGACUUCAAAAGUUAGAACCUUAGGAGUUCUUGAUAUUUGACGAAAUUCUAAUCUAGAGCAGAAAUUGAACUGUCAAAGGUUAUCACCUGAACCAUCCUUUGUUAUAAAAUUUCUAUAGGGCUCUUAGCUAUGAUUAGCUUAAGCAAAUUAUCUCUACACUAGUUCUAUUCAAUAAUACCUGCAUCGUCUUUGUGAACUCAAAUGGUUUCUUGUCAUAGGUUUGAAGAUGCUGUUCUUCAUCCUCUCUUUAGAUAUUACCAAUGUAUUGUAUUUUGGCAACUCUGAUAAGCAGUGUAAUUCAUUUGAUUAUGGCACUUUCUCAUAUCCAGUCAUGACGGAGGCUUUCAAUGCCUGAUGCAUUUUACUUCACACUUCACAGGUUCAAGAAAAAAACAAGAUAUCAAGUGCCAAAAGCCAAUAUUUGACAAUCAUAUACUGGCCAUGUCCUUACUUGAAAAGUGUGGGACUUUAUCUUUUGUUGUGUUAGUGUCAGAUGAAGUUUUCACAGGGAAAACAAAAUGUAGGUGUAUUUCACAUUUUCAAGUGGCUUUAUUGACAUUUUGCUGUGCUAGUUCUAGUGUAAUGCCAAGUCGAUUCUCAUUUAUAUUUCUUAAGGCUUUAGUUAUUUAUAGGAAGGACUUUGUUGAGGUGUAACAAUCAUUACUAGUUAAGCCACUGAGGGAAUGAAAGAAGUGAUGGGAGUGAGGUCUUUGAGACCAAUUAUAUCGAUUUUUUUUCCACCAAUGGAGAAAAUAGCAAGCAGAACCCUGACCUUAUUUAAUUUGAGUUGUUGCUUGAGUACAGAGAAUAACUGAUUGUCCACAGGCACAACGAGCGCGUGGAAAAUUAAUUCAGGAAGUAAGAGCAAGUUUUAAAGUUGAUGCAUUUGUUGGCAAUGCAACUGAUUGGGAGAGAGUUUGCAUUGGCAAUCUUGUGGGCAUGCCUGUAAUUGUUGUUCCGACUGGAUUUAAGAAAAUAUUGGAUCCGCCCUCAAAUGAUACUCGAAGAAGAACAACCAUCACCACCGGAAUUUAUGCUCCUCCUGAACACGAUCACAUUGUAAGCUGUCCUUCAAACUGAUACCUCCAUAUGCUGCUGAUUUUUUCUUCUCUUAUCCUCUGUACUUCUUUUGGUUGGGGAUGUUGAAUAACAUCAUCCAUAAGAUUGACAAUCCCUCUUUGACCAAUGAAUUUUAUAUUGUUGAACAAUUUCGAGUUGUAAUGUUGGAAAUGGGAAACCUUGGUUUUUAAGUCUUAUUAUCUUAUAGAAAUACAGUGAAGUGGUUCCCUGGAAAAAGAUAUUAGACCAUUUACUGUGUUUGGUUUCUUCUCUUAAUCUUACCUCUAUGUGCAGGCUUUAGCGCUGGCAAUGGCUUAUCAGUCAGUCACUGAUCAUCAUAAACAACGACCACCUAUUGAUGACCUCGGGCCAAAUGACUCAGUCCCUAACCCUCGGGCAAAAGGUCAUACGAGCUUUGAUAUUGAGGCAUAACAAUACAUCUAGUCUAUUUUGCGUUCCAUGGUAGUGUUAAGUUCUGAUAUUUGAGGUGUAAUGAGAUUAUUUUUGAGUGAGGAAGUCUCACACUUCACAUGUGUUGUGUUUCUUUUUCUUUCAUAAGAGAAAUCUUCCAAAAAAAAAAGGUCUUUUUUUUAUCUGCGAUAGCUUUUUGUGUCCAUGAACAAAAUGUAAAACAAAGAACACUUCAGAUGAUUAAACAACUCUUGUUGUUGUUUUGUAGUCAAAUCCUUAUCAAAGUUGACUGAAACUUUAC